CCCGCGCUGCCGCCGCAGCUCCUCUCCGUCGCGCCGAUGAUGGACUACACCACCGCGCACUUCCGCGCGAUGUGCCGGAUGCUCUCGCGCAAGACGUGGCUCUACACGGAGAUGGAGGUGGACCAGACGUUGACGCACGUCGAUCACCCUCGCCUCGACCGGUACCUGGACUUCCCGCUUCAGACGCACCCGAGCGUGUUGCAGCUCGGUGGGUCGGACCCGGAGUCGCUGGGUAGAGCGGCCGCGAUCGCGGCGCCGUACGCGUACGACGAGCUCAACUUGAACUGCGGGUGCCCGUCGCCGAAAGUCGCGGGGAAGGGAAACUUCGGCGCCGCGCUCAUGCUCGAGCCGGAGCUCGUCGCGGACUGCGUCGCCGCGAUGGCGGCCAACUCGGGGGGCGCGCCCGUCACGGUGAAGUGCCGCAUCGGCGUCGACGACGUAGACUCGUACGACGCGCUGUGCGCGUUCGUGGAGACCGUCGCCGCGCGGAUGCCGCCGCGGCGGGGAGAGGACGCCAGGCCGCUGUUCGCGAUUCACGCGAGGAAGGCGCUGCUCAGGCGCGUUCUAUACACUGGUUCCCAUACGACCGCCGGCCUCUCCCCCGCGGAGAACCGAACGGUGCCGCCGCUUCGGCACGAGUGGGUGCACGCGCUCGCGAGGGACUUUCCGGACGUCGCGUUCGCGAUCAACGGCGGGAUCAACACGCUCGAGGAGGCGGUCGCGAUCGCGCGUGGCGAGGGGACGCCGGUGGGGGGCGGUCGGCUCGUCGGAACGAUGAUCGGCCGCCGCGCGCACGCGGAUCCGUGGGGUCUCCUCGCGCGCGCGGACACCGCGGUGUUCGGGGAGGCGAGCGAUCCGUGCGUCAGUCGACGCGCGCUGCUGGAGACGUACGCGGCGUACGCGGACGCGACGUGGGCGAGGUACGGCACGACGAAGGACGGGUACGCGGUGCCUUCGAUUCGGCAUCUGAUGCACCCGCUGCAAAAUUUGUUUCUCGGAGAGCCCAACGCGAAGCGAUGGAGGCGGGAGGUGGACGAGGUUUUGAAGCGCGACGCGAGGCGCGCGACGACGACGGUGACGGGCGUGCUCGAGGAGACGCUGAGGGUGCUUUCGGACGAGACCUUGGAC